GCCGUCCCCACCACCGCCCGCCCGCGCAGCGCGUCCGACCCCGACGUGCCCGCCGCCCACCCUCCGCGCUCCCCGCGCUCCGUUCCGCCCAGGCCGCGCCCAGCUGGAAUGCAGAGAUCGCCGCUCGGCUACGGCGCACAGGACGACCCGCCCGCCCGCCGCGACUGUGCAUGGGCCCCGGGCCCCGGGGCCGCCGCUGAGCCGCGCGGCCUCCCCGCCGUCCCCGCCGUCCCCGCCGUCCCCACCGCGCCCGCCGCGCCUGCCUCGCCGCCUAGUCCGCCGCGCAGCCCGCCUCGUAGCCCCGAGCCGGGGCGCUAUGGUCUCAGCCCGGCCGGCCGUGGGGAGCGCCAGGGGACCGAUGAGUCGCGCAUCCGGCGGCCCAUGAAUGCCUUCAUGGUGUGGGCGAAGGACGAGCGCAAGCGGCUGGCGCAGCAGAACCCAGACCUGCACAACGCGGUGCUAAGCAAGAUGCUGGGCAAGGCGUGGAAGGAGCUGAGCCCGGCGGAGAAGCGGCCCUUCGUGGAGGAGGCGGAGCGGCUGCGCGUGCAGCACCUGCGCGACCAUCCCAACUACAAGUACCGGCCGCGCCGCAAAAAGCAGGCGCGCAAGGCCCGGCGGCUGGAGUCCGGCCUCCUCCUCCCAGGCUUGGCGGCGCCGCCCCCGCCGCCGCCGCCUCCCGAGCCCUUUCCCGCGGCUACGGGCCCGGCCCGGGUCUUCCGCGAGCUGCCGCCGUUGGGCGCCGAGUUCGACGGUCUGGGGCUGCCCACACCGGAGCGCUCACCGCUGGACGGCCUGGAACCCGGCGAGGCCGCCUUCUUCCCUCCGCCCGCGGCGCCCGAGGACUGCUCUCUGCGGGCCUUCCGUGCGCCCUACGGCCCAGCCGAGCUGCCCAGGAAUCCAGGCGGCUGUUUCGGGGCGCCGCCGGCCGAGGCGCUUAGGACCGCGCCCGGCCCCGCCGCGCAGCUUUGCGGCCUCUACUACAGCGCCCCGGGCGCGCCGGGCCCAGGCCCCUAUCCCGGCCCUCUGUCGCCGCCACCCGAAGCCCCGCCUCUGGAGAGCGCCGAGCCGCUGGGACCCGCCGCCGACCUGUGGGCCGACGUGGACCUGACCGAGUUCGACCAGUACCUCAACUGCAGCCGGACUCGCCCCGACGCCGCCGGGCUCCCGUACCACGUGGCGCUGGCCAAGCUGGCCCCACGCACCAUGUCCUGCCCCGAGGAGAGCAGCCUGAUCGCCGCGCUGUCCGAUGCCAGCUCUGCUGUCUACUACAGCGCCUGCAUCUCUGGAUAGGUCGCCCGGGGCACUGUGCGAUGGCUCUGUCUCUCUCGCAGGCGGAGUUGCCGCUACCUGUCACAGCCCCGCAGGAACCCGCGACGCUGGGCCUUGGCCUGGUCGAGGGCACCCCAACGGGAGGGUCCCCACGUACUGGGGCUUGGCCGGGAAGCCCAGGCCUAGGACGUGUGGGCUGACCCUGCUGGGGCUAAGCUUAAUCCUUUUCUUGCAGUGUAUUUUCUAGAACUAGGCUGUAUUUUUUACUUUGCCUUUUUUAUAUUCAUAAAACAAUAUAUUUAAGUUUUAAUUAAACUUUUUCUCCCAAGGGGUUUCAGUGAUGUGAAGCACCAAUGUAGCAAGGGCUUUUUAAAUAACAUUUGUUUGCUGUAAAGGAGGAGCCAGGAGCUGGGUCCCCCUGGACCAGGCGAGGCCACAAUAAAGCACCUCACCUUUCCUCCGAA